GGGACACAUUGGCUCCAAGGCAUUUCCUCUGGUUUAGGAAGGCAAGGCCCUGGAUAAGAAUGACACGACGAUCAUUCCAGAAGGACAGAUCCUGAUGAAACUCUCGGGACCUUCAGCAGAAGAACUCCUCACUCAAGGGCCAGAGACGGUUAAGUCAUGGAUAGUAAUGAUGACCCCGAUGAAGACAACCUUACAAGUUAUGAUAUUCAGCUCAGUAUUCAAGAAUCCAUUGAAGCCAGCAAGACUGAAUUUUAUCCUGAAAGAUUUGUACCACUAAGUGAUCAAAACAGAAAACUUGUAGAGGCCAUAAGACAUGGCCACAUUCUUGAGCUCCAGGAAUAUGUGAAAUAUAAAUAUGCAUUAGAUGAAGCGGAUGAAAAAGGAUGGUUUCCCCUGCAUGAAGCUGUUGUUCAGCCCAUUCAACAAAUACUCGAAAUUGUCCUGGAUGCAUCCUAUAAGACGCUCUGGGAGUUCAAGACCGCUGAUGGAGAAACGCCGUUGACUUUGGCCGUCAAAGCUGGUCUGGUGGAAAACGUAAGAACUUUACUAGAAAAGGGAGUGUGGCCAAACACCAAAAACGACAAAGGAGAGACGCCUCUUCUCAUUGCGGUGAGAAGGGGCUCCUGUGACAUGGUGUCUGCUCUGCUCAAGCACGACACCAGCCUGGACCAGCCCGGUGUCAAGCGCUGGUCGGCCAUGCACGAGGCGGCCAAGCAAGGCCGCAAAGACCUCCUGGCUCUGCUGCUGAAGCACGGCGGCAGCGUGCACCUGCGAGACGGCUUCGGAGUCACGCCGCUAGGGGUCGCUGCCGAGUACGGCCACUGCGACGUGUUGGAGCACCUAAUCCACAAAGGGGGCGACGUGUUUGCUUUGGCGGACGAUGGGGCGUCAGUGUUGUUUGAGGCAGCAGGAGGGGGCAAUCCUGACUGCAUCUCUCUCCUGCUGGAAUAUGGAGGAAGCGGAAAUGUGCCUAACAGAGCAGGGCACCUUCCUAUACACCGAGCUGCCUACGAGGGACAUUACCUUGCGCUGAAGUAUCUUAUCCCAGUAACAUCCACAAAUGCAAUCCGGAAAAGUGGGCUAACACCAAUUCACUCAGCAGCAGAUGGGCAAAAUGUCCAGUGCCUAGAACUGCUCAUUGAAAAUGGUUUUGAUGUCAACACUCCGCUCGCUGACCACAUUUCUGCGAGCUAUGACGAUGAGAGGAAGACUGCACUGUAUUUUGCAGUUUCUAAUAACGACAUCCAUUGCACAGAAGUUCUUCUGAAUGCAGGUGCAGAUCCAAACCUAGAUCCCCUCAACUGCCUGCUUGUGGCAGUGAGGGCCAGCAAUCAUGAGAUCGUCCGGCUGCUUCUCUCCCAUGGAGCUAAUGUCAAUUGCUAUUUUAUGCAUGUGAACGACACGCGUUUCCCCAGCGCCAUUCAGUAUGCCCUAAAUGAUGAGGCGAUGCUGAGGCUGCUGCUGAAUAAUGGCUAUCAAGUGGAGCUGUGCUUUCAGUGCAUGCACGGAGACAUCUUUGGGAAUUCGUUUGUGUGGUCAGACAUCGAGGAAGAGGUGCUGCCAGGGUGGACAUCGUGUAUAAUAAAGGAUAACCCGUUCUGUGAGUUUAUUACAGUUCCUUGGAUGAAACACUUGGUAGGAAGCGUUAUUCGUGUGUUAAUAGAUUACAUGGAUUAUAUCCCUCUGUGUGAUAAACUGAAGUCUGCCCUGGAAGUACAGAGAGAAUGGCCAGAAAUCCGUCAAAUACUAGAGAAUCCUUGCUCAUUAAAGCAUUUGUGCCGGUUAAAAAUCCGAAGAAUUAUGGGACUCCAGCGACUCUGCCAGCCCGCCUCCAUAGAGAAGCUUCCUCUGCCACCAACCAUUCAAAGAUACAUAUUAUUUAAAGAGUAUGACCUCUACGGACAAGAGCUAACGCUGCCAUAACUUAAAAGUAACAUUUCAGAAUGUGAUUUUAAAAAAUAUUUCUUGGAAUCAUUUUACCUCCUUAACUGUGUUUAAAUCCAUUGACAGUUUUAUAACAGGAUUCUGUGUUCUUACGAGAACACCACAUUUCACAUCUUUAAAGACCUUAACAUUGUGAUUUUUUAAAAUUUUAAGUAUAGUUAAUAUACAACAUGAUAUUGGUUAUAUUAGUUUCAGAUACACAAUAUAGUGAUUUGACAUUUUUAUACCUUAUAAUGCGAUCAUCCUAUUAAUUCUAGUAAUCGUCUGUCACUGUGAAAACCACACAAUAUUAUUGCUAUAUUCCCCUUCCCCUUUUCACCCAUCCCCCCAUCCCUCCCCUCUGACAACCAUCCUUUAGGAUACAUUGUGAUUUUUUUUUCAUUUAAUCUUUAUUGCUGAAAGUAUUACAUAAGUCCUUUUCCCCCAUUAAGCAUUGUGAUUUUUUUAAGCAAGACAGUAUUUUGUAUUUGACUCCCUGUUGAUUUUCUUCUCUUGCAACAAGUCUUCAAACUCUCCCUACCAAGUGGCUCCUACAGUACCCAUCGGCAAGUCUUUCCUCUGUUUAUAAAACAAACAAAAGACCCACUUUUUCAAAGCCACAGCUUCAGCCUUUCCCCCCUCUCUCCUGGCCCAGCUGCCUGAAGGAGCCCUUCCUGCCUGCGGACUCACACACUCUAUCUGGCUCCUGCUCCCGCCGCCGCGACCUUUCUCUGGAUCCUUGGCAAGUUCCCGCUGCGAAUGGCAAUGAGCAUUCUUCAGUCCUUCCCGCUGAUUCCCGCAGCACCUGACACUGGCUGCCCCUCCUGGAAAAGGCCUUCCCGUGGUUUCCACAACGCCUCUGCCUUCGUGCCUUGGUGCCUUGGCUCUCCUCCCCACCCGUGUGCUUCUGGCUUCUUUCUGCGUCGCUCACCGCCUGCCAACCCUUUUGUAAUAUGUCUUAAGCCCUCUUCCCUUCUGAUGCUACAGUCCCUGGGGCAUUGCAUCCAUGUUCACAGUUCCGAUGGCUGCCUGUGUGCUGUUGACUACAAAAUGCAUAUCUGAAGUUCAGCUCCUCUCAUGUGCUUGAGACCUGUGUAGACCAUUGCCCUAUGCACAUGAACACCAAGACACCUCAAGUUCAACGUGUCACAAAUGAACGCACUACCUUCCUCCGCCGAAAGGCUCCUUCUCCUAUAUUGUCUAGCUCAAUGGUUAGUGCAACGAUCACUUCCGUCUCCCACGUCAAAAGCCUGGACAUCAGCCUUGACCAUCCCAUCUUCCUUACCCAAUGUAACAGAUCACCAAACCCUGGUGUGUUUAUCUCUUGAAAUCAUCUUCUUCUCAGUCUCACUGGUUCGGCCCUAAUCCCAGCUCUUAUGUCCACUGUCUGGGAUCCUGUAGACCUGCCUCACGGUCCUUCCUUCCGGUUGUCUCACCCCAUUUAACAUGCAUUCUACACACAACAUCACAGGAUGAUCUUUCACAAAUGCAGGUAGAGUUGCACUCCCACUCCCCUGCUUAAAAUCAUUCCCAUUGCUCUUAGGAUAAAGUUCAAAGUUCCUCAUGAUCUAAUUUCCUGCCUUCCUCCUCAGCCUUAUUUCUCCAUGUCUCCCUCCCCCCUCCCCUUCAACCAUGGUAAACCACUUUUAAAAACGUAUUCUUCGAACAGUGAUUCCCAGACCUAUGUGAAAUCUACACAUCAGUAGUUUUUGUUUUUCUAGUUUUAAAAAUGGGGUCAUUUAUCUAAAUAUUCAUAGAGGAUCUCAGGCAGAGGGAGAAGGAAAUGCAAAUAGAUUUGCAUUAUCAUCUACCAUCGCUGCCAUUUCAUAAAAGAGCAGCCAUUUUAGUGCCAGAAAAUAAGGCAGCCUUAAACUCAACGAUUACCAUCGAACGACUUUAGCUUAGGAAAGCCCGACCACACUGCCCCCGUUUUCCUGUUGAUGGGUGAAACUGUCAUUCUGGCCCAGCAAGUAUCUGAGGUUCUUUGCUAUGGACCAUGCUCUCUUACAUCUCGGGCGUCUUUGCACUUGCUUUUCCUUCUAUCUGGGAUCCUCUUUCCAUCUCCUUCCUCCUCUUCCAUGACCUAAGUUGUCUCAGAUCAUCGAAUUGCCUUAGACUACAUGUUGGCAGAAAAAGGAGGUGUAUGACACCAACGCGGAUCCGGUAGAGACGAGCAGCCCUGAGACCUGGCUUCAGCAGACAUUAGACCAUCACACCCCGCUCUUUGAGCGAACGGAAGAUUGGUUUGCAAGUCUAUUUGCAUAGAUACCACAAGAGCUCAGGUCCAUAUUUGGAGGAACUUCUUCAUUAGGUUUAAUCAUUCUUUUCCUUAUAAUGCUUGCCUGUGUGGUUUUGAAGCUCUUUGUGGCUUGUUUUUCCCUGCGCUGGAAAAACUGUAUCUGCUGGGAGAAAUACAUCUGCCUUUAGCUCAUGAAAUCUUGCUUUACAAUGGGCGCAAGUGUGUCCCCUUAUCCUACAGGUCUCCGCAUUGAUGUUGCCUCCUCUAGGGAGGGAGGCCCCAGCACAGCAAUUCUCAUGCUCUGCUAUAGGUGCCUGUGUUCUCCUCUGUCUGUCCCAACAGAUAAGCUCUGUGAGGGCAGGGUCUAUGUCUGCUCUGUCUUCCAGUGUUUUCUUAGGGCUACAUACAUUCCCUAAGGCACAGAGAGGGUUCAGACAUCAUUUGUUCAAUAUGGUGAAUGAGUGAAUGUUGUACGAGACCCAGACAAAAAUAACCAAUGGCUUGUGGUAAAUGAUAGUGUUGACUCUCUGAAUUGGGUACAUAAUAUUAAUAAUGUAAUUACUUAAAUGUAUUUUUCUUAGAUUUUAAUGUUUUUCUCUGAUUUGUUUUUAUCUUAAGAGUUGCUGUACUCUUUCAAUUGUAAUGCCUCACUGGUUGUGAAUUUUUCAAAUUGUAUUUAGCUUUAGUUAACUCUGAGAUGUAAAUAGGUAUAAAAAUUACCUGUACAAUUAGAGCUAUAGUUGUAUUCCCUAAAGAAUAAUUUAUAUAAAUUAAACUGCAAUGUAUUUAAUUAGAACUAUAAUGUUUUAUGUAUAAAAUUUCACAAUUCCGAUGUUGUUCUCCUACUUGAGGCUAAAGUGCAGUUACCACUAAAUAAAUAAAAAAUAACCAUAAGCACACAAGUUUGCCAUAUGACUUCAGAUAUUAAAUAAAUAAACUAAAGCUUUGACAUUUCCUUUAAUGUAUUUUUGCAUAAAUGC